AUGGCUCAUGGCGUCACACUUCGAGAGUACACGUCAGAUUCCGCAGUUAGUGAAGUGUCUGGAAGCCGUGUGUCAGAGCCCCCAGCCGUUCCUCCCUCUAAUGGAGCUAGUGAAGUGUCUGGAAGCCGUGUGUCAGAGCCCCCGGCUGUUCCUCCCUCUCGUGGAGCUAGUGAAGUGUCUGGAAGCCGUGUGUCAGAGCCCCCAGCCGUUCCUUCCUCUUGUGGAGGUUCGCACGCAGUGCUGAGCCCCCAGCCGUUCCUCCCACUCGUGGAGGUGCGCACGCGCUGCUGGCUGGCGCAUGUGUUGCUCAAACACUCCCGCAACGUGCUCCACGCGAAGGCGCAUCUUGAGAGAGCGGUGAGAUGUGGUGGUGUGCGGUGGAUAACAGUUCUAGUAAGUGGUCUCUUCCUGGUGCUGGCUGGCCCAUGUGCUGCUGUGCAGAUGACGCCUUCCUGCGUUUCCCCUCCUUCCCAACCCACCUGUGGCGCACUUUCAUUCCCUCUUCCCUCUUACCCCAUCCACACCUUUCCAAACCCUUCUGAAGGCAUCCCUGGAAAUAUCCCCCUCUAUUGUACGGCCCCUCUCUGCCUCUUCCUGCAGCUGCUUUUCCAUUACCCACUCUGCAACCUCCCUAUGACUGCUCCCCCACCUUACCCACUCUCUUGCCCCACACAGCAAGUGCUUCUGAAGGCCAUCCCUGGAAAUAUCCCUCUCAAGUGCACCGCCCUCUCUCUGCUCGCCACGUGUUACCACCUGAUUGGCCACGCUCACUUUCACAAGCACGUGCUUCAAAAGGGCCUCGAUUUAGUCACACACCAGCUCGCCACACUCCCACGCCCGGACUCCCAAACCUGGGGCUCAGUUUCGGGCUCCGUGCCAGGUCCCAGCUCAGCUGCAUGCUCGGGGUCAGGUUUGGGAGGAGGUUUGGGCGGAGGUUCGGGCGGAGGGUCGGCGGCGGAGCUGGCUCGGUGGAUGGGGGUGUUUUCGGUGGGGAUGGCGGGGCGGUUGCUGGGGGAGGGGGAUGUGGAGGGGGCUGCAGGUGCCCUGGGGAAGGGGAUGGCUGCUGUACAGACGACGGGGGAUAGGGGAAUGAUGGUAAGUGUGUGGGUGAUGUGCAGUGAGAAGCUGACAUGCCAUUCCUCCCUUCCCUUCCGCCGUUCCUCCUUUUCCCUGCGCCCUUCCUCCAUACUCGCCCUUCCUUUACACCCUCUCUCCUUCCAUACCCUAUCUCCCUCCUUCCCGCCUCCCUCCCCACCCCAUGGUACACUUCCCCACCAGCUGCUGCUAUCUGCUUCGCUGCUGCACAUUCGCAUCUCGACCGUCCAACACACGCCACAGCAGAUCUCAGCCCUCCUUUCCGACUGCACCUCGCUGUGGCAGCAGAUCCCACCACGUCAGCAGCCAGACUACCGUGGCCUGUUCGUCUACGUCCAAUUACUGGCUGCCACGUGGCACCUCCGCAUGGCUGACUACAACCAGGCCAAGGCUGACGUGGCAGCAGCAGAGGAGGCGCUGGCGGGAAUAAGCCCUGCUGCAGCGAAUCGUGAGGUGCCAGCUGGCAGCUCGCCAGUUGCUGCGUCAGCGCCAUGUCAGCAGCAGCAGCAGCAGCAGCAGCAGCAGCAGCAGCAGGGGGGGAAUGUGCAUGCAGAGAGAGUGGGGCAGGAUACAGGAGCAGUAAGAGCAGUGGGCGUAGCAGGAGUAGUGGCCCCAGGAGAACCAGGAGAGGCGUCAGGAGCAUGUUACAGGGACGAUCCAUUGAUGCGGUUACCACUUGGCCCGCCCCACAUGCUCAAUGCCGAUUGGCUGCCGCUGCCAGCUGUCAGGGCGGUGGCGGGCCUGCUAAAGGUCAUGCUUAGCCGCCCGGGAGGAAAGCUCCUGGAAGCUGAGGGGGCGUUGAAGGAGGAGAGGGAGAUGCUGCGAGAUGAGCUGCACCGCAUCGGGGUCCUCCCGGGCUCUACAGAGUCUAGUUUGGAGCCGUGGAGUGUUGCGUGGGUAGGCACGCUCUUGCUCUUGCUCCUCUACGUCUUGGAGGCCCAAAUGGUGCUGGCACUGACUUCCACGGAGUAUCCCCUCUCUCAACGGGUUCUGUUGGAGAUUUGUGAUUGGUCAAGUCGCUUCCCGACCCUGCUGGCCUCGUUCGGUCCGAACCUUCACCUCUUGCUCGGGCAGUACGCCCAUGCCACGAUUGAUCUUCCAAUCGCAAUCCGCCACUUCAGCACCGCUGCUGCCAAGGCGGCAUCCUCCUCCCCCCACCUUCUCCACCACCGCCCCAUCCGCUGCCUCUCUCUCUGCCUCUCUGCCAUCGUGCAUCUCACCAUCGACGACCCCUCCCAUGGCCACAUCUCGCAGGCAGUGGACAUUCUAUCAGCUCUGGAGCAGGAGGAAGCCCAGCACACCCAGACGCGGCAACUGCAGCAGCAGCAACAAGGGGCAGCAUUGCCGUCACCAUCAGCAACAGCGAUUGCAGCAGGAGACGAGAGGAAGAGGGAGCAGUGCGCCCAGCUGCUGGCAACGGCACUGCUGGCGCUGAGACAGGGGAACCUCGUGGAUGCCAGUCCGCUUCUUCCGUUCUUUCCACGUGGCAGGAGUCGGCUUGCCCAAGGAUUGUUGGUGACUCACCGCCAGCUCAGCAACCACCAGAUUGCCGCCCAUUUCCUGUUGGCCAUAGGCGGCAUUGCACUGCGCACCAGCGACCUUGUAGGAGCAAAGGACAUCCUGAGAUCUGGACUGACUCUCUUCCGGGCGGCAAGAGAUAUGCAGGGUGUGGUGGCUGUUGCAGCGGAGUUGUCACGUCAACAGGCGAGGCGAUGGCGGAGAGUCAGAACGCGGCGUAUCUGA